CCGCAAGUCUGCUGACUCUCAUCUGCCACCAGCAGCAGCAGCCACAGGGCAAUGGGAGCAUGUCAAGGCCUGGAGACCGCAGGAGCAAGAGAAGGGCCAGAGCCCCCCACAUCCCAGCGCUGGGCCCUCAUUGCUGCACCCCGCCAGCCCUCGACAGCUCCACAACACCCUGGGGCAGCUGCCGCUACUCAGUGCCUUGCUGGCCGAGCUGUCGGUGCUCACCCGCAGCACUACCCCUGCUGCUGUCCACCCCCAUCUGGCCUGGCUCUACCAGCCCCCGGAGCGUGGUGGCAUGGCCUCACAGCCCCCCAGCCCCAGCUCUGCCCUCGAGCCUCCAGAGGCACCUCCCCCGGAGCGUGGUGGCAUGGCCUCACAGCCCCCCAGCCCCAGCUCUGCCCUCGAGCCUCCAGAGGCACCUGUGGGGCCUGGCAGGAGCUGCAGUGCUGCCAGCCCCAGAUUCAAGCAAGGCUGGCAAGAGGCCGCCUCACCAGGGUCUUCUCAGGCUGGGAAAGGACCCAAGGAAGCUGUAUCCCAGAGAGAGACAGACUCUGAAAGGAACUGCAAAACUAAGGAAAACAGACCUCCCAGAAGGAAAUUGUUGUAUGGGCUGACAAAUACACUGAGGCUACGGCUGCAGCGGACCAACCCUGAUAAGCUGAUAAUUCAUGAAAAGAGAGAGCAGUACAGAAAAAAACAAAUGGAGAUGCUGAAGGAGAAAAGCCCUUUAUCCAAAAGAAAGCUGCUCAGAAAUGGUGGAGAACAGCAUGUGGCUUCUUACAGGCAUCGUAGCAAGGGAGAGACUUCAAAGCAGAAUAAUCAGUUUGAUAAAACUGCUAAGACUUCAUUACAAAACAGUGCUCUCACAGAGCCCAUUUCUGUGACAGGAGAUGUGUCCCCUGACCUGCAGAAACAGGCUAUUGCAAGUCUAUUGAAGAACGAUGAAAUUGCAAGCAAGGAACAUCCAUGCAAAGUAACUACAGCCCCCUUACUGGAGGAAACUCUAUUAAAAUCUGCUCACAAGGAAAAGUAUGGGAAAGCCCAACUCCCCACAGCUUUCCCAUUAGAGGCUAAUGCAAAGGGAAGUAAUGAGGAAGCAAUACACUUAAUCCACCAUAAAACUGUGGAGCGAGAUGAUGCAUCUGUUGUAAGUGAUCAUAAACCAAGCCGCAGCAGGAGUGUCGAAAACAAUUCUGAAUUCAUAUACUCGGAUGACUUCAUUGCUAGUCCUGAGAACACAGUUUAUUCAGAAGAUUUCACCAGUGUUGAGUGUACGGGCAGAGACUCAGCAGCUCUUGAGAGCAGUCCUGAACCUCUGUGGCUUGAAAGCCCAAAGCGAGGUUGGUCAGAUACAGAGCCGGAAUCCAGUAAGUCCAGAAUUUCAAAGACAAGUCAAAGAGCUGAAAGUACUUCAGAUCUUUUGCCAGUUCCUUCAGGUUCAUCUUCAGUCCAGUCUUUGAAGAGAAACUGUGACUUAAAAACUAGCAAGAGAACUAAUGCUGAAUCUGUUGAUGCACUGAAUGAUGCCUCCAUUCACGCAAGGUUAAUAGAUGAAGAGCAGGAAGCCCAGCAGAUCAGUAGGGAAGAGAACAGGGGUGAUCAGCAUAUGAAACAAGUAUCUACACCGAGAACCAAACAAGUUAGCUCUGAUACUGAUCUGAAUAUAGGGCAGGGGCAGACCUCUGCAGGAAAAAGCCAGUCAGUAACUCAAGUUAACUCUUACUUGCCAUCUAACAUGUCUGAUCUUGAACUUAGUGUCCUGGAAAACAGUAUGUCGGACAACGAGGAUGAUUUUCUGGGGAAACUACAUGUUCCAAAUCAAUACAAAGACAUCAGUGAACUUGUAAUAAACAAGCUUCCGGGAUACACAAUGUAA